ACUUGUGUUUGAAAAUUUGACGAGUUGAGUUGCGUAUUUGGGGGAGAUGGGUUUAAUGGAUUUGCAGGUUUUAGUUGCGCUUGCACUUUCCCUUCUGGGUGGUUUGAGUACCUCUAUUGGAGCACUUUUUGUUGUCCUUAGUGAGACUCCAAAUCUGAAGACACUUGGGCUCUUACAGGGUUUUGCUGCUGGGCUGAUGCUGAGCAUAUCUUUCUUAGACUUGGCUCAUAAUGCCAUUAAUUCCAUUGGCUUCUUAAAGGGAAAUCUAUGGUUCUUUGCAGGUGUAAUUUUCUUUGAGGUGAUUGCCAAUUUCAUCCCCGAACCAAAUCUUGCACCCAUUUCAAAUGUGGAGAAAAAUAAGAAAAAUGGGGAUGAACGUAACAAAGAUAUCAUGAAGAAGCAUCGUCGUCAAGUCUUGUUUAGUGGAAUCAUCACUGCCGUGGGUAUAAGUUUGCUGACAUCAUGACGAACAAAUUCCAAA